CUCCCCGGGAUAGUGCGAGAGUUUCCGCUGAUCGGACAGGAGUCUCAGAAGAGAGUCGUGGAGGAACAAGCUAAAAGAGGGCUACCCGCUUAUUUUAAAGAGGGAAACUAGCCGCUAUGAUCUGAAAAAACAACUCACUGACAAGUCUGUAAAGCUGGACACAGAGUCUCAAAGGAACAUUUAAUUCAUUCAUUCAACAGCAGGAAGAAAAAGAUGGAAGUUGAAUGUCUGGCACUGAAAGACCUCACAAGUCCCAGGAAGAAAAGUUUCCCCCUGGAGCUGGAGGAGGAGGAGGAUGGUGGCCAAAGUGAACAAAAGGAAAACAUCUGCACCGACAGGAGGAGAUCCACGCCCCUUAAAUCCGCAGAGUCUCCGGUCCCUCCUUUCCUGAUCAUCCGCAAAGGUUCCACCCCCGACCUGGCCCACAUCACCCCCAUCAAACACACGGUGCUGGCUGAGCCGUGGACGCCCACCGCCAACCUGAAGAUGCUGAUCAGUGCGGCGAGCCCGGACAUCCGGGACAGAGAGAUGAAGAAGGUGCUGUUCAGACCCAUAGAGAACGAGAAGGAAAAGCCUGCGAGUCCAGAGGCGGCGGUGGAGGAUGCAGAGGUCGAAGACACUUGUCAGUUCGAGGCUGCGGAGGAAGAGGACGAUGCAGACAAAAAGCCGAGCAGGAAGCAGAAGAGUCUGGGUCUGCUCUGCCAGAAGUUUCUGGCCCUCUACCCCGAUUACCCUCCACAACACACCCCCAUCUGGAUCUCACUGGACGAGGUGGCCACCAGUCUUGGAGUGGAGCGGCGGCGGAUCUAUGACAUCGUCAACGUCCUCGAGUCGCUCAUGAUCGUGGGACGGAUAGCCAAGAACAGCUACACAUGGUACGGCCGCCAGCAGCUUGAGGCGACGCUGGAGGACCUGCAGCGGAGGGGUCGGCAGCAGGGGUACCACCUCCAGAUGGAGCUGUCUACUGAGGCCAGGGAGGCGGGGCAGGGAUGUGAGGACGACGGAGUAGAAGGAGACGCCGGCAAUGCGGGAGCCAACAGGAAAGACAAAUCUCUGCGCAUCAUGAGCCAGAAGUUCGUCAUGCUGUUCCUCGUGUCUAAAACUCAGACCGUCACUCUGGACACGGCGGCCAAGAUCCUCAUCGAGGAGAGUCAGGACUCGUCAAGUCACAGCAAGUAUAAAACUAAAGUGCGGCGACUGUACGACAUCGCUAACGUGCUGACCAGCCUGGGCCUCAUAAAGAAAGUCCACGUCCGAGAGGAGAGGGGGAGGAAGCCGGCCUUCAAGUGGCUCGGCCCUGUGGAGUUUCAAAACUCUGGGAACGCUGUCACUCAGCCUGGGGUCACACAGCCAAUAACAAGGGAGGACAUCAUAAACCUAAAGAUGUCCCGCCACGCUUCUUUCAACAUCGCACCGACCUCCGUGGGCGUCCAGCGGCAGGUCAGCUCUGCGCCCAGCACGCCACGAAGAGAACCAACAGGUCUGUUGAACCAGCCUGUGGAUUAUUCCAUAAAGACUUCAAGCAGCAACGCAGUGCACAGACUGAACUUUGAAAACAUCACUGAGAUCCGUCCUACUGCAGCUCAGCAGACCCCCGCCUGCAGCAGCACUCUACCUCCGUCCUCCACCCACCGCACUCUGCUGGCCCCCUCCCCCCACCCAGAGCACCUCUUCACAAACUCCGCCUCCCCACACUGCUUGGCCUACCUGCCCAGCCUGUCCCAGCCCUCGGUGGUCAUGCUGUACAGAACGCCAGAGCAGCCCGAAGUGCAGAGGUCGUCCGGUUCGGAGCCUGAGGAGGGGAGGAAGAGAAGGAGGGAGGAAGGGGAGGAGGAGGAGGAGGAGGAGGUGUCGAAAAAGAAGGGAACGUCUGGGUUAGAGGAAUGUGACAAGGCAAGGGAACGAGCAGAGGUCAGCUCCAGGACUUCUCCUGAUCGUCCUGCAGGUCUCUCCAGAGAGCAGGCGCUCAACGACAUCUCUUAUGGUAGCAGCAACGCGCCGGCCCAGCCGUCCCACUACCUCUAUGUACCCAACAAUGCAGGUCUGAACGGCUUCAACUUCCUCCUCUCCGCUAGCCAAUCACCAGCCGGCCUCACGCUUCCCCCCAGCAGUGUUCCCACCCUGCCCAUCCCGUACAUCCUGGUGCCCUCCUCGGCCCUCCCCCACCACCACCACUACCCCCUGGUCGCCAGCGGUCUGCAGCAGCAGGGCUCCGACCCCCACAACAAACUGAGCUUCAGCCUCCCUGCCGUCAUGUCAAACGCACACUUCAUGGUCGGGACGGCGCCGUUCGGCCUCGCGGCAGCUUCAGACGUCGGCAGGUCGCCGGCUCCGUCGCCGUCCACCCCGGAGCAGAGCAGGAUGUACGGGUCAGCUGCGGGGGCUUCACGUUCCCCCUCAGGAUCAUGGCAGACCGUCAGCGUCAACACACCUGAACCACUGACCCCUCAUACUCCAAAGGAAACCACGCCGUCUGCUUCCAAGGCUUUCUUCCAGACCCCGGGCACUCUGGGAAGUGUAGUCAGCGCGGUGCCAGCUGCUCGAAAAAGAGGCUCCGCUCAGAGGAGACUGGACGUGGGUCACCCUCCCCCCACCUGUUAGGACAUGAUAGGUGGGAGAUGCAUUAAGCUGUUUAAACUCUCAGGUGUUCAUCCUGAAAGUGAACAACAUGGUUCAAAACCACUGGUGCUCUGUUAGGUCAUUGAUUCAUAAAUUAAGGAUGUUUUUCCAAAUUUUAGUCCAGAGAUUUACUCAGACCUAAACUCGUAUUUCCUGAAGAUAUGAAACAGUUUCUGAAAUUAUUUUAAACCACAUUUCAAGCAUCUAAACUUGUAGAUGAAGCCGUUGUCGUGUUCUUGUUCUUUGUGUUAACAGUUCCAAGUGCCUCACGGUUCAAUUAUGGGACACAUUUCAGAGCCAACGACUGAAGCAGUAUUGCCAAUGUGACAGUGCCCUCCUGUGGUGGGAGUCGGCCACUGCUCUAUUUUUUUUAUUUUGUACAUCAGCCUUAAUUCUCCCCCUUGAACAUGAUGAGGCUACCUAAUUCCCCCCCCCAUCACACGUGUAUUAUAGCCCAAACGCUAUUUAUAUUAAGAUAAUAUAUGUCGAUUACAGGUACUGUAAUGAAACAUUUUUUUAGCACUAAGUAUUUGACGAACAUGUGUCUAAUAUUGACGUGAUUGAGUGAGAAGUUGGCCCCUUUUUUGUUUAACUGUUAAGGUAUAAUAGGAAAUUUAUUAGCUGCUGAUCACUGAUUUUCACCAAGGUUAGCGGAGCAUCCUCUCGACUCAUUUCAGAAGUCACUGGAAGGAGAAUAAUCACUAAAGCCUUAAUGUUUACAGCCAUCGUGGUAUCUGAACAGACAAACAGUUCUUGGGUUUUUUGAUGCACAGCAGACACAUUCACUCACUCAGACGUUACCUGUGCAGCUUGAACUUCUGCAAACCGAAGUGGUGAACGGUUAAAUGACCUAACACUUCAGUGCCAUUAAACACGACUGAGAGGGGAUGUGAUGGGAUGAUGCUCUCAGGUACUUGAAUAUUUGUGACUAGACGUGGGUUUUGUUGAAGUAUCAUAGUACUGUAAUGAUCAAAAGAGAUCAUCUAUAUUUUUAACCCCUGAAUUAUCUUAUUUCUGCAUAUUUUGGGGUCGUAAAGAAUCGCUCCACUUAGCAUAAGCGGAAAAAAGUGGGCUACAUUAGCUUUGAUGUAAUCCUCAGGAGCUAAUGCACCAGGUGAUUGUACGUCGAGUAAAAGUGCAUUUCUUUAUUUACUGACCGGCUCAGAUUGUUGUUGUCUCUUUUCUUCCUCAAUUACAGAAAGAAUCUCUGCAGAAAAACCCUUUUGUAUCAGACGCUGUGUUAAAACACCUCUCUCCAAAGCCACCAGACUCCACUGAUAAACAAAUGAUUUGACUAAUGCCGCCGUGAUCAAUAAGUUAUAUGUUUGUGUUGAAUGAGAAGAUUGUGUGGAUCCUGACCAACUCAAACAACUUUAAAUAAAUACCAGAUUACUGGCGAUCGACCAGCACAUCUUUGUGUUCCGCAAGGUUCAAUUCAUGCAUUUGUCGAUGGAGUUUGGCGGCUUUGAAGAGAUCGACGUUAAAGCUGUUUCCAAAGAAGAUCUUAUUAUAACAAAGGGUUGUUUCUUUAAGAAGCUUUGUGUAAGGUUGUUAGACUUUGUAAGAAACAAUCUUGAGCCUGUCAGUGUCAUAAACAACAUUUUAAAAUCGACAUACUUUGAUUAGUUGAAUUAGCUUUGAUUUUAUUCAGAGGGGCAGCAUUACAGCCUGUUCCCUCACUGAUUAAGUGACCGAACAGAGCAGAUCCAAGACUUUAAUUUGAACACCAAGGAAUCAUUUACAUCCUCCAUCUAAAGCCCUAGGACUCCCUUUUUAAUUAGUCAUGACUCAUGGGUGCAGAGACUGAGGUUAAGGCUUUUGCAGUCAGGUGUUAACGUGCCUUACUUAAAGGCACCUUUCUGAGAGAGGAGAGUCGUCGACGUCCACGAGGUUUUCUUUAACAGCCCCGGUCACGAGCCCUAUGACUUUCCUCUAGACAAAAUACUGGUGCUUUUUUUUUUUACAGUAAUCAUUCAGGAGCUAUGUCACACCAAAGGGUGCACAGAUAAUCCACUGUGAUCAGUGGACGCGUCAUGUACAGUUUGAUGUCUGUAAUUAUUUGUACAUUGUAUUCAUAGUGUCAUUUAUACUUUACACAUGCACAAUGUUACUGUUUUCUUUUUUAAAUAAUGAUUCUUGCACUGCUAGUUUUAGUAGGCAUGUCCAAACCUCUGAGCCGUUCUUUCCCUGAACCUCUGUCCACUCUGUAGUUAUAGCCACCAACCGGUUCUCUUUUGUACAACUGUCACAAACUUUUAUUAAAAAUGCUUGACGCUUA